UGGUACCGUUGACAGUUUGAAUGUAAACGUGAAAUUAUUCAAAAUUUUAUUCUUUCUUGUGAUAUCUGAAAUUGUGAUAGUAUAUUUGUGUAGAUUUAAACUUCAAUAAUUUACAAUACAGCGAAUACAUUUGACCGCAAUGGAGAACAUAAAACUAGUAGUUGUCGGCGACGGCGGCGUCGGCAAGAGUUGUCUUCUUAUAGCAUACACAACCAGCGCGUUCCCGUCGAAGUACGUCCCGACAGUUUUUGACAAUUACUCUGCCAAUAUAAUGGUUGAUGGGAAAGCGGUCAAUUUGGGCCUCUGGGAUACCGCCGGACAGGAGGAUUACGACCGCCUCAGACCCCUUUCCUAUACAGGGACGGACGUGUUUUUCAUCUGUUUUGACCUUAGCAGACCAUCUUCAUUUGAAAACGUGGAGCCAAUAUGGCUACCGGAAGUGAGACAUUACUGCCCAGAUAUACCGAUUGUACUUGUCGGAUGCAAAGCUGACCUGCCGUCCGCAGUAUCCGCAGCCGACAUCGACAAGCUUACCAAGACUCAUGGACUUAAAUACUGUGAAACCAGCGCCCUCACCAAGAAAGGACUGAAGAAUUGCUUUGAUGAAGCAACACGGAUAGCUCUCAACGCACCAAAGACAAAGAAAUCCAUGGGUUUUUUCGGUAAAGCGAAAAAGACCAUCACGAAUCCGCCAGUUAUGCCGCAGACACGUACUAGUCUGGGCGUCAAGGCAGAAAAAUGUGAAAAAUGAGGAAAUUUACUGCACCCCUCUGCUAUACAAAAUAUUUUGAUAUGAAAUAGUAGGUUUGGGUCUGUAGAACACGAAAAGUGAGUUUGGCCACUUGGCGGCUCUUGCGAAAAGGAAAAUAUCCAAGAUGGCGCCCAAGAUGGCCGCCAUUAAUUUCCAUUUCAGUUAAAAUACUAUGUUUGAAUAAUGCUAUUUUUAUCAAAUAUCUAAGACGAUAUAUAUUUCUCAUAAUGUUCUUCAAAUUGACAAAUAACCUUAACUAAUUCAAUAGUAAUGUAUAAAAAAAUACCCAAAUUUUUUUCAUGUUUAUUUGUCUUCUUUUUUAAUUCAUUUAUCUUUAGUGUGAAUUGUUUAUUGUAUUUUCCUUCAUUUGAAACAAUAUUUUAGAAUAAAGCUUUUAUAUUUUUUUAAAACGUCAAGAUUUCAUACUAUAAUAGCAUGCCAAAGGUGGUCGCAAGAUUGCUAUUGCUGUGCGAGUCUUAUAGCAAACUGUUCAAGUGUGUCAUCUUAAUGCAUGGCAUGUGUCUAUUUCAUAAUAUGUUUAUGUUGACAUAUUUAUCUGACCUAUCCCAUGUCAAAGUCAAGUUCAUUUCAGCCAGUUCAAGGUCAUGGUCAUUUCAAGGUCAAGAUAUGAAAAAUAACUAAAAUAAUGUUUUUCCCUGUAUACUUUUUAUAAUUUUCAUAUUAAUUUAAGUUUAGUAUGUGUCUUCAGGCGUUGACAGAAUUGUAAACUAUAUGUUCCCUCAUUUAAAACAAUAGUUUUGAGUAUAGUUUUUUUUUUUAUUUUUCGAAACCGCAACCGCCAAGGAUCAUAUUAAUGCCAAUUAAAGGUGAUGAACGAGUCUUUUGGAAAGUUGUGUAGCCAAUUGAUAUGUAUAUCCCGAUUUAUGGCAUGAAUCAAUUUUAUAAUGUGCUUCAUGUUGACAUACGUAUCUGAUUGCUUCAAGGUCAAGGUCAGUUCAAGGUUAAAAUACACUGCAACACAAACAGUUGUGAAUGUUGUUUAUUUUCGUCUUCUUAUCUUUUUAAAGUUUGUUAAUUAAAUUGAGUUUGCAGAGAAGUAAUUGAUAAUUUCCUCUCUUUUGAUCUCUGUUUAGUUACUUUUAAGUAAUACGGUAACCACAAAUUGUUGUUUCAAAGAGAUUUCAUUAUUAGAACAUUGUAACUGUUAUAUUUGUUAACAUAUGUCGUAAUGAAAAUUUUGUAACCGUUUUAUAAUGUAUUUCUGAAAUACAAAAUUAAGCUUUUCAAAAUCAAUGUCAUACUCAUUUGAUUGUCAAAACGCAAAUAUGUUCAAUAUCGACUUUGUUAUUAUUACAUUUAUCAAUGUUUUGGUUAAAUUUUAUUAUAAAAUGUCUAUACAUUACCAAACUUACCAAGUAGUUUUAACCAAAGUUCAUAUAUUUCCCAUAUUAAAAGUCAAGUUUACUACAAAAUGUCCCUUCUUGAGGCCAUUUCUACAAGCUACAUGACAUACAUACAUCCCACAUAAUUUGUUCUGUGUUCAUUCAAAUACCUUCUGUUUCGUUUUGUUAAGGUAUUUAUUACAUUGAUCACCUGGUAUAUUUGCUGAUAUUUAUU